AUGACGGCGCUGCGGGGCCUCUGGCCGGAGGUGCAGGACACCUGCACCUCACUGGGGCUGAUGCUGUUGCUCGUGCUGUUCAUGGGGCUGGCCCGCGUGGUCACCCGGCUGCAGCUGCACAGGUUCAUGAUGGCCCACACCUUCGUCUUGGAGUUUCUGGCCACCUUCCAGCUCUGCUUCUGCACCCAUGAGCUGCAACUGCUGAGCGAGCAGGAACCCGCGCACCCCACCUGGCCGCUGACGCUAAUCUACUUCUUCUCUUUGGUGCAUGGCCUGACUCUGGUGGGCACCUCCAGCAACCCGUGCGGCGUGUUGAUGCAGAUGUUGCUGGGGGGAAUGUCCCCUGAGACGGGUGCGAUUAGGCUGUUGGCUCAGCUGAUUGGUGCCCUGUGCAGCAGGUACUGCAUAAGCGCCUUGUGGAGCCUGGGGCUGACCAAGUAUCACCUCAACGAGAGGACCUUCGUUUGCAGGAAUCCUAUUCAAGUCGACUUACCCAAAGCGGUCAUCACAGAGGCCAUCUGCUCCUUUAUCUUCCACAGCGCUUUGCUGCACUUCCAGGAGAUCAGAACCAAGCUUCGUAUCCACCUGCUGGCAGCACUCAUCACCUUUUUGGUCUACGCAGGAGGAAGUCUAACAGGAGCUGUAUUUAAUCCAGCUUUGGCACUUUCACUGCAUUUCAAGUGUUUUGACGAAGCAUUCCUUCGGUUUUUUAUAGUAUAUUGGCUCGCUCCUUCUUUAGGUAUAUUGUUGAUGAUUUUGAUGUUCAGCUUUUUUCUCCCAUGGCUGUAUAACAACCAUACAAUUAAUAAAAAGGAAUAACUAUUCCAAAAGACUCAAACUAAGUUACAGGACAGUCAAGGUGGAUGUGAUAAAGAUUUUAUCACCUCAUAUUCAACAUACUGGCUGCACUGGACUCAUCAAUGUUUAGUUUCCUCUGAGGAGGUGCCUUGUAGUCAUCAUCACUGGAACUUAAAAAUCCCAAUUACUGUGAAAAGAAAUCCUGUGUUUCUCAGUUAA